GAGAUCCCAAACGAGCCUAAUCGGACCCUUAAUUGGGUCGACUAGCAGCUCUCGUAAGGUCUCACAUAAAUGGCUUGAUACCCUUUAAGAAUACAAUAGAACGAACAACAGAAACAAUGCCCCAAACAAUAACUGAUUGCUUAGGAGACCCACUACCGGGCUGCUACUUAUACUAAUUAGAUUUCUAGCGAGUCUCCGCUGACCCGAACCGACCUCAUCAUCACUUUCCCGCGUGUUUCAGUUUUGACGGGUGGUUUUUGCAGCUGCAAGUUUUCAACAUUUUAUCGGCUGUUUUCUUCUGCGUUGUGUUUUCCAAGCUCUCCAGUGUUGCCAAUAGUACAAUUCUGGAAGAUUGGGCAAAUACAAUCAUAACUACAGCAUAUUUUAAGAAAUUACGUAUUACUAAACACUAGCACAGAGGAAUGAUCCCGGCUGCGAAUGGAGUCGAUGUUGAUUGUUUGGAGGGCGAUGAAAAGGAAAGCAGAGUUUACAAAGUUGUCCUGACAGGAGGUCCCUGUGCAGGGAAGACAACAGUGCAAGCAAUGAUGUCAACUUUCUUUGAAAAUCUUGGUUGGAAGGUUUACAGAGUACCUGAAGCAGCCACAGUAUUACUGAGUGGUGGUGUGAAGUUCACAGAUCUUGAUGACCAAGAAGUUUACACAUUUCAGGAAAAUCUUAUAAGGACCUUGCUGCAGUUAGAGCAGACUUUUUUUGACUUAGCUACAACAUCUAAGAGGGACACAAUAGUGAUAAGUGACAGAGGGGCUAUGGAUCCAUCAUCAUACAUGAGUGCAGCUCAGUGGGAAGAACUUCUUAAAAAUAACAAGUGGAACAAUGUGUCAUUACGAGAUGCACGCUAUGAUCAAGUGAUUCAUCUGGUAUCAGCUGCCCUAGGAGCGGAAGAGUUUUACACGACAGCAAACAACAUAGCACGGAAAGAACCAAUAGAACUGGCUAUAGAGCUAGACAUAAAAGCACAGCAGGCAUGGGUAGGACACCCUUAUGUAGAUGUGAUUGACAACUCUACAGACUUUAAUAACAAAGUACGACGUGCGAUUGAUGCUGUUUGUAACAAAAUGGGUCUUUACACUGGUGAUCGACUAUCACCAGAGAGUAUCAAGCGCAAGUUCCUAAUAUCUUGUCUUCCAGAUAUAAAGUUGUUUCCUACCUUUCAAGACUUUGAUGUGGUGCAUGAUUACCUCGCAACUUCAAACCCCAAAAAACAAGCACGUCUGAGAAGGAGAGGACAAAAUGGUCGCUAUACCUAUAUGCAUACUUUACGAGAAGAAACCAAGGUCAAUGGCCAAGUUGUGGAAGUCAGAACUAAUUUGUUGGAGAAAGACUAUGAGAUGUUGUACUCGACCCAGCUAGAUCACAAUCGUCAAUCUGUGUACAAGACCAGAAGAUGCUUUUUGUGGAAAAAUCACUACUUCCAACUUGACAUCUACAAUGAACCUUGUCAUCCAAGGUGUAAAGGUCUCUUAAUUCUUGAAACCUACACCACAAAAUUUGGAGAUGACCUGGAGAGGCCUGAUUUCCUGGACAUUGCAAAAGAAGUUACAGGAGAUCCAUUGUACUCUAUGUUUCACUUAUCACUUAAAGAAUAAUGGGUGUCUAUGCACUAGCAGUGGUUAACUAACCCAAUGCGUGGUCAUUUUAAUGUAUAUUUUGGGAGUGACAGGUACCUAUCAUACUGUAAAAUUCUGAUAAGGUCUGUGCUUUUGUUUAAAGACUUUCUUGGUGGGUUAAUUUUAAAGUGGGCGAAUUAUUUGGGGGACAAGGCUUUUUAUUGGAAGAAGUUCUCCAUCUCAAAAAAUAGGUUGAAAUCUGAGACUGACACAUCUGAGACUUCUCUACAAUCAUGAGAUGAAAUCAAAUGCUGUUAUGAUGUAAGAUACAAAACAGCCUCAACUGUAAUGGGAUGUAAGGUAAUUGGAAGAAAUUUUAUUUGAUUUAUCUUAGCUUUUGAUUUAACUUAACUUAACAGAAGCUUCUUUUGCAAUGGGCUAAUGUUCAGCAUGGCUUUCUAUUGGAAUUUUACAGUGUGCCUUGGUCUCUCUCUUCUUCUCGCCCCCUGGAGCAAGAGAGAGGGUACGAGAAAGAGAGACUCCAGGAUAGAGGUUGUGUGGCUGUUAAAAGUAAUGUGUGAACUGUGUUAUACUACGUAAAUGUGUAAAUCAUCCUGGAGUGAAAUAGUGUUAAACUACACUAAGACAUCCCUCUAGUUAUUUCAGUAAGCAAUCAGUCUUAAAAUUUUGCUGAUAAAGAAAAUCCCUCCCAGCUGCUAUCCAUUCUUAUUUUGUUACAGCCGGAACAUUACAAGUUGCAUAACAGUAGUGAAAUGCUUUGCGGACAAUGCCAGAUUUAUUAUAGGUACUUAAGUCUUCUUCUACUGGUGAUUUUUAAACUUGCUUUACCCUUGUUUGUUUAUAAAAUGUGGCCCUCAGUCGAGUGAAAUCCGGACUUAAUUCAUUGCCUUAAUCAUAUUAAUAUCAUGAAUUACUUGUUUUAAAUUUAGUUCAAUGGAGUGCCAGUAAUAUUUGGCAAAAUAUUAUUUAUGAAGACAAAAAUUUAAACUCUUUUCACAGAAUUUAAAAUUUACUUGUAAUUAGUCUUUUUUUAUAUUUGUACAUUUUCACUUCUAUAAAAUUGUACAAAUUCAGCAAUAAUUUAUUAGUUUCUGACUGAUGUAUCACUAGUUGUAAAAAAUCAUACAGUCAGACUUUUACCAAACAGAACAGUUAAGUUGAACAUAUUUUCUGAAACAAUCUUUUGCAAAAGUACAUUAAGGAGGAUAAUAUUGAUUUGCAAGGAAUCUUGGUCAGAUGCUGCAAUUAUAGUGAUUUCCUGGAGUUAUUAGCUAGGCCAUUGUAAAACCAUAAAAUGUAUCAUUUUUCCUUGUCAAAACUAUUAUGUAAUGUUCUGGUGGAAGAAUAUUAUUGUUAGAACUGAUUUUUAAAUGAAACAAAUUCUUUUUACAUGUAAGUGGUGGUAACAGUCCCUGACCUUACAACCAUAAUGUUAUUAUUAUCUAGUGCAGACUGCUAAGCUCCUGAAGGUGAUAUGUAAAAUUCCUUGUAGCAGGAUCUCCCAACUGUACACACUUGUCCAAAACAAAAUUUUUACCUGUGGUUAUAAUGUUUACCAAGUACGGGAUGGACCAGGAGACACUGUAAGGAGAUGGUAGGAGGCAAAGUGGCAGCAGCGACAACAAAAAUUUAGAAGAAUAAAAAUUAUUGAAUAAAAAGGCCAAUCUGCCAGUGUCCUGCUCCACACCUGAACUUUUCAAAUGAUUUAUCUCAAACAAAUUCAUUGUUUAAUAACAGAAAUCAAGAAACAGAGUUUUAAGAAAAGAGGGAGAAAACAACAUUUUUGAACGGAAUAUUCCUUCUAAAUAAUGACAGGCCCCAAAGACAGAAAUGAAGGUUUUAUUUCUUAAAGAAGGAUGGAGAAUCGUCUGUUAUCUUUAAAAUUAAUGCAAGAAUCAAACAAUACUCAUGGGGGACUCCCAUAUCAAAGGGUUGGGAAUGGUUGUUAUCGCACACAAGGGUAAACUUUGCAGAUUUGGGUAUCAGUUAGGGGCUCCAGGGAGGACAGCAGAUAAUUAAAUAAUUAAUUAAUUAAUUAAAGCUGUUGGGGUAUAUUUUAGACUUGCAAAGAAACAGUCACCCUGUUGCUGGACUGGACUGAUCAAGCACAACUUUUUUUAGAAUACAGUCAAAGCUGUCAUAAGCAACCACCUCAGACAAUUCGAAAAAGUGGUUGUAAUUAGAGCUGGUUGCUUUCAAGAAUGAGCUAAUAGAGGGUGGUCACUUACAAGAGGUUCAGAAACUCCUUAAUAAUUCAUGUCGUGACAUUUGAUAUAGACAAGGCUAAACUGCACUGUACAUGGUCUUUAUCAACGAACCAUUAGCACAGUGUUCAGUUUCAUUAAUGUGUUGAUUUAUGUGUAAAAGGACGAGUGGCUGCUUACAAGAGCAGAAAACACAACCCUACAUUUAGUUUUAAAAAGUGCAAAGAAUUGCAGAAAUUAGAAUAAAAAGAACUGUUGAGCCCCUACAUUAUGCAAGAGAAAUUUGAAAACAGCAUUCAACUCUGAAAACUCAUCAAAUCUUUUCCAUCCACACUACGCCGGAGAAAUUGAAAACUUAACAAUCACCGGUCACUUUGUAUUUGUGUUUAAGGAAAACUGGGACAGGAAAAUCACAGAACUAUCGCGACAUCGUUUUCAAAAAAGCUUGGUUUGUUCACACUAAAACAAAGCCUGCAUUUUCAAUUCUUCUGGUUUGAUGAACUUUUUCAAAAAAGCUCCAUUUUUGUGAAAAAUUGGUGUGGAUGGCAGGCCCAUCCAUAGAAAUAAAGCUCUGUUUUAAAUUUCUCUGGCGUAGAGUUGAGGAACACUCUGUCCGAGUGUGGAUAACAUACUCAUCUACUCCUUGGAAAGAUCAUUUAAUCAAACCCUUCAAACAGUUCACAAAUGCCUCAAAUAUUAACAUCAAAAAUAUUCCAGUACAGGUAUUUUUAACACUCUUCUCAGCAACUAGUAAUGCCAGGAAACACUUGCACAUUUGAAAUAUUACAUGCUCCACUAUUAAAAUACUGUGAUCACCUCAA